CAUUCUAAAAAACCUCUCUCCAACCAAUUUUCCUUGGUUUCACAAAACUUUUGCUUAGGAGUCAUACCAGGUAAAAGGGAUGCAUUUGGUAAAUUGACAUUUUUAAGUGAGUCCCCAGAAACACACACUUAUUUGCAAAGAAAAGCACUGGUCCUAAAAAUCUCAGUGUGAUCCAGUAAUCUCUUAAGAGCUUGACAGCUGCCUGACUGCAGCAUUACCACUCUCUGGGAAAAUAAUUGGAGGAAUAUGGGGAUGCAUAGAGGAAGCUGACUUACAGAGGGGGAACAGUUUACAGGGAAAGGAGUAAUUUUGUAGAUCCCAGCACAGCAAAUAGAGAAUGUUUUCCAUCCUAUUUUAAAAGUUCAAGUGGCAUAUAGGUUUGGAAGGAAAAAAAGAACCCUGUGUCCUCCAGCUCUACUGUGCACUUGCUCAACACAUGAAGUCAUGUCCUAGACCAGAGGAAAAGAGACGGCUGCGGGAUGACACAACACCCAAAUUGGAAAAGUCUGAUUCCAGACAGGAUCUAAGGAUCACUCAGUGGGAUUGAGGAAGUGCUCCAGUACAAUCCCAUUGCAAAUAGCAGUUGCAGAGUUCUUGAAUGAAUGACAGGAGCAAGGUGACACUACAUCUGUUUAAACUAUUAGCUGGACAGCUAUUAUAAUAUGGUGCUGCUUUUAAAAGGAUGUUGGAAAGCCUGAAAGAUUCAGCAGCGGCAAGGAUGAUUCAUAGUAUGGAAAAACCUGAGUUGUAAAGAGCAGUAACAGUUCAUUCCAUUAACUUUAACAAAUGUAAGGUUAAAGGUGAUUUAGACUUCGGCUGUAAUUGCCAGUGCAAGGACAGUUUAUGUAGUAUUUCAGCACUUUCUAGUUUAGUUGUCAUCAUACAAAACCACUGCACUGCAAGACUGAUCUCUUUGCUCAAGAGGUGCAGAGAAUCCUGACCAGACUUAGUGUUGUGGUAAAGGCUGAUCUUGAGUGUAUUUGUCAGAAAAUUUGUUGACACCCUGGGUAGCAGGGGCGAUUAAUAAUGCUGCAUUUGGAAGCUUCACAGCUUUUUUUUAAAGGAAUCCAGCACUAAUAUUCCUCAAGGUCUCUGCACUAAAAAAUGAGAACGACAUCUGCAAUUGCAUUCAGCAUCAGUUCUAAAAGUGCCGAAUUUUGUGAACAGCCCUUUCUAGGAAAGAGCUGUUGUCACGCAGUCUCAUGUGAAUGCACAGUAGACUAAAGGCACUUUUACUGACUUUGAAGAAACAGUCUAAAAGGUAAAUUUUCUAGUUCUAGAGCUAUUUUUAGUUUUACAAAUUUCAGGAUAAGCUUGCUUCCCCACAGCUGCUGGUAGCAGGAAAUGACAUUAUGUGUUCUACUGCCCAAGCAGUAAUCAGUGUCCUGUGUGUGUCCCUGCCAUGCUAGUCAAAACAGGCAGAGUAGUUGGAGAUUUUUCCUCCUUAAGGAAUUAUACAAAGACAUUCUACCAGAACCUUUCAAUAGGAAUUGCUUUAGUCUGAAACUGUUAGGAAACAGAAAAUUUCAAAAUUCAAUAAUCUGUCUGUUUAAUAUAUGAGACAUGAGUUCAGCAGAACAAUUCAUUAUGAUAUGCAGAAGUAUCCUAGAUACCUGUGAGUACAGGAUAAGAUUCCUCACUCUGUCAAGUUUAGCGUUACAGGAGGUGCUUUCUCUUUCCUGCAGUGAUGUGCUAUUCAGGGUGUUUGGACAUUAUUCUCUAUAAACCUUAAAACCUACAACAAAAUAUGUCCAGAAUUAAGGGGAAAUUAUAGGGUAAUUUUACUGCUUCAACCUGGUGGAAAACUUUGUCUGUCUUGAAAUAAUGUUUCUCCCACAGCCAACAGCUCUCCCAGGCUUCUCAGCACUCGCCAUCCUGUUGCUGCUUACCCUCCUGCUCACCUACUGGUUGCUCCAGAAAAAUAUCAGAAAGCAUACUUUGAUAUUUUUGUAAACCAUGAAAUGCAAAAUGAGCUGCAACAGAGGUUCAGGCAUGACUAUAAAUGUCACGCUUGAGAGCAUGGAAAAGCAUUCCUAGCAAUGGCCACGUGGAAUUUUCCUGCAGAAAAUUGAGCAGGAAGUGGAGAGCAAGGAUCUCUUCACUGCUCUUGACUAAACAUAUGCUGUCCAUAUGUUGGAUGCAUCAGCUAGCUGGGGCCAAGGAAAAGCUGCAAUAGCUUCAGCUUGCUUUUUCUGCAUUCCAGAAUGAGCACGGUAUCAUGGGUGCUAAAUUAAAGAAGAAGAAACACAAGGAGACAGGCAGUCAUGCAGGGGUGAAUCCAUUUCGGAAGUGACGGUGGUAAUUCAAGAAAUCUUUAGUGAUGGCUUCAGGCUUCACUUCCCAGACCUUUGUUCUUUCAAGCAAAGUUUAUUCUUUCACAUGAUGGACUCUGUUAACCAUACACACACAAAGUUCUUGUAUAACUAACCGGAACCUUCGACUUUAAAUGCUCUGCCAAGUCCUUUACAAGCCCCCUUUCUCUUGAAGGAGAGGAUACAUUAUAGCCAGUAAUGGAGCAAAACAACAACAAUGUAGAAGAUUUCUCCUUGAAUGUUUUUUCUGUUACUCCUUGUCAGCCAAACAGAUCUGAUGCCCUGGUGUCAGAUGGGGAUAAAGCUGGCACCACUCUGCUCUUUUCAGGUGUGUUUUUGGGACUGGUGGGGAUCACUUUCACUGUGAUGGGAUGGAUAAAAUAUGAUGGCAUUACUCACCUGGAGUGGACUCAGUUACUAGGGCCUAUUCUGCUGUCUGUUGGGGUGACUUUUAUUCUGAUUGCUGUUUGUAAAUUUAACAUGCUUACGUGCAAGCCCUGUAAAGAAAGAGAGGAAAAUACGCCGGAACUUGACCAGGCUGCAAGCGGACAGUCCUUUGUCUUCACUGGCAUUAACCAGCCUAUAACUUUCCACGGUGCCACAGUGGUACAGUACAUCCCUCCGCCGUACCCGUCCCAGGAAGGCGCUGCCGUCAGUCCCGGCCACCUGCGCCCAGGGCUCAGCUGCUGCGCUGCUGCUCCCCCCAGCACCUCGCCACUUUUCGCCUCGGGCUCUCCUCACUUCUGCCCUGCCUACGCCCUGGACAACCUGGCUUUUACUGGAGAUGAGAGCUACACUGCUUAUGCUGCAGAGAAUUCCAGGAAUCAGAGGUCAGAAGACAGUUCUGAUGAACCAGAAGGACUGCUGGAAGACUAUGCCCAUAAUAACUUGUCACCGCCACGUUAUGAGGAAAUAUACCCUUUUUCUUCAUAAAAUCAUCAUGGACAAGAGACAACAAUCCUAGGAGAUGCUAGCAAGAAUCCCAGAAAAUCUUUUCUUUAAACACUUGUGUGAUAAGACAGUGUGAGCAAGUUCUUGAUUUUCAUAUGCAGUAUCACUGAAGAUAUUUAACUGACCCUUUCCUUUUUCUCUGUCAAAAUUUGUUAGCCCUUUACAAUGCAGCUUAAUAGCAGAGCUAUUAAUUAUUCAAUGGCUAAACUAUUAAUAGCAAAGGUAUUAAACACAAGGAUCCAAAUCCUUAUUAGGAUUCCCCAACAAGAAGCUUGAUUUUCAGACUUGCUGAAACCAGGGAGAACUGUGAAUGCACAAGAUGUUUGUGGAAGAUCAUGAUUGCCCCUGGACAUUCAGCAUCUUUAGAAAAUACUUGAUUUUUUGUUGAGGUAUUUUCAUUCUUGAUUGCUUGGGAAACCUCAAAAGUACUUAAGUGUCUGAUCCAUGAAAGCGCAUUUUAUGUCUUAAUUUUGUCUGAUUCUUUAGAAGAGCUUACUCAUUAACAAGUCCAAUCUACAGAUUAGACUUUGUCAGCUUGCUUUAGCUGGACAACCAGUCCUAUUGCACAACCCAGUCCUGUAGGCAUUUUUUGGACCAUCUUGCUUGAACCACAGCAUCUCAGAACAGAGAAAACAAAUAGUGACUUAUGACAACUUUUACAUAAGAUCUCUAAGACAUCCUGCGUGCA